CUGUGACAUCCGUCCACAAUAAAGAGCUUGCUCAGGCUGGCUGGCUGCUGCACGGGCACCAUGGAGCGAAAAUCACCCAAAGCCGAGGGGACCGGCAAGGGACAAGAGUCUCUGUCCUACCAGCGGAGGAUGUGGAAGAAUUUCCAGGAGAAAACCAAACCGUGGCUGAGCCCUAAACUGGGAUCCGAGCGUCGCGGCGCAGCCGGGGGCGCGGAGGGCAGCAAGAAGGAAUCUGGUUUAUGGAUGUUCAAAAGGAAAAAGAAACAGUUAGAUCGGGUGUUUUCGUCGUCACAGCCGAACCUGUGCAGCUCCACGCCGGCGGCUUUUGAAGGAGAGCAGUGCGUUGGAGGCGCCGCGGCAGCGGACGGAGCGUCUCUGCUGCAGCAGCGCGGCGCGGCUUGUGGAGCCGCGGGCAGCAAGCCCGAGCUGGCGGCCCACGGCAGCCCCAAGCUGCCCGUGUCCCAGCUCAUCAUGUACCAGCAGAAGAGCUCGUCUCUCGGCUCUGCCUGCUUCGAGAAACUGGUAGUGGACUCGGUGAUGGGAGAGGAGGAGCAGCUGCGUAAAAACGCAAGUGAUUCUGGCAUCAACAUAGUGGGGCCGAGUAAUGCUGAGUCCCUGCCUCAGCCCUCCUGUCCAGCCAUGUACCAGAUGGAUAUCAUCCUAAAGAAAGGAAAAAACCUCGCCAUUCGAGAUCGAACAGGAACCAGUGACCCGUACGUGAAGUUUAAAAUAGCAGGAAAGGAGGUGUUCAGAAGCAAGACCAUUCAUAAAAACCUCAACCCAGUCUGGGAUGAGAGAGUGAGCCUUCUGGUGGAAACCCUGAAGGACCCGCUGUAUGUCAAGGUCUUUGACUAUGACUUUGGACUUCAGGAUGAUUUUAUGGGCUCAGCGUAUCUCUAUCUGGAGUCACUGGAACAUCAGAGGACACUGGAUGUAACGCUGGACCUCAAGGACCCGCAGUACCCCGAACAUAACCUGGGCAGCCUGGACCUAGCUGUCACGCUGUCACCAAAGGAUGGAGAUGCCAAGGAUGCUACCAUGCUUUUGAGAAGGAACUGGAAACGAUCUAGUAAGUAUCAGAGCAUGCGGCUCUCAGAUGUGCACAGGAAAGCCCAGCUGUGGCGCGGUAUAGUUAGCAUCAGUCUGAUAGAAGGUCGCAGCCUGCAGCCAAUGGACGCCAACGGCCUCAGUGACCCUUAUGUCAAAUUUAGGAUGGGCCACCAAAAGUACAAGAGCAAGACAAUUCCCAAAACACUGAAUCCCCAGUGGCGAGAACAGUUUGACUUCCACCUGUAUGAAGAGCAGGGAGGCUACGUGGACAUCACAGUCUGGGACAAAGAUGCUGGCAAGAAGGAUGACUUCAUAGGAAGGUGUACUAUCGACCUUUCACUUCUUAAUCGAGAACAAACACACAAGUUGGAUCUUCCACUGGAAGAAGGUGAAGGUGUUCUGGUGCUGCUGGUCACCCUCACUGCCUCUGCGGCUGUUUCCAUCUCAGACCUCUCUGUCAACAUCCUGGAUGAUCCACAUGAGAGACACCAGAUCACACAGAGAUAUAACCUCUGGAGGUCGUGCAACAAUGUAAAAGAUGUUGGUGUGGUGCAGGUUAAGGUCAUCAGGGCUGAGGGACUUAUGGCAGCAGAUGUCACAGGUAAGAGUGACCCGUUCUGCGUGGUGGAGCUGAGUAACGAUCGUCUGCAGACGCACACUGUCUACAAAAAUCUCAACCCUGAGUGGAACAAGGUCUUCACUUUCAAUGUGAAAGACAUCCACUCAGUACUCGAGGUCACCGUUUACGACGAGGACCGAGACAGAAGUGCAGACUUUCUGGGGAAAGUGGCUAUCCCUUUGCUAAAUAUCCAAAAUGGAGAACGCAAAGCCUACGCCUUGAAAAGCAAGGAGCUGACAGGGCCAACAAAAGGGGUCAUCUUUCUCGAAAUAGACGUGAUUUUUAACGCUGUGAAGGCUGGUCUCAGGACGUUGACUCCCAUUGAACAAAAGUAUAUCGAGGAGGAGCCCAGAGUGUCCAAACAGUUGCUUUUGCGCAACUUCAACCGAGUUAGACGCUGCAUCAUGUUCCUGAUCAACGCCGGCUGCUACAUCAACAGCUGCUUCGAAUGGGACUCUCCGCAGAGAAGCAUCUGUGCUUUUGUGGUCUUCGUCACUGUUGUUUGGAACUUUGAACUUUAUAUGAUUCCUCUGGCUCUGCUGCUGCCGUUGGCCUGGAACUACAUUCUUAUUGCGUCGGGGAAGGAUACGCGACAAGACGUGCAAGCUGUGGAGGACCUACUGGAAGAUGAGGAAGAGGAUUUUGACAAAGAUGACAAGGACCCUAAACCAGACCCCUGGGAGGACAGCCGUGAUAAAAACCAUAUCCUCGAGGAUAUGUUGGCUUCCUGGCACUUUGAGUGGAUACGAACAAUGGUGGACUCGGAGAGAAAGGGGUUCAUGAACAAGCUUUAUGCCAUUCAGGACGUGUGCAUCAGCGUGCAGAAUGCACUGGAUGAAGUGGCCUCCUAUGGAGAGAGGAUAAAGAACACAUUUAACUGGACUGUGCCUUUCUUAAGCUGGCUGGCAAUUGUGGCUCUCGGAGUUGCCACCAUCCUCAUCUAUUUCAUCCCUCUCCGAUUUAUAGUGUUGGCCUGGGGAGUGAAUAAAUUCACGAAGAAGCUACGAGACCCUUACACCAUUGACAACAAUGAGCUGUUGGACUUUCUUUCCAGAGUGCCCUCAGACGUGCAAGUGGUGCAGUACCGAGAGUUGAAACUGGAUCUCAACUCCAGUCCAAAUAAAAGGAAGAAAAACAACCCCGGUGUUGCCUGCCUGUGACAUCUUCAUAUGAACUGUUCUGACCAAUGACAUUUCCAAAUAGGACUGCUGUAUGAGCUGAGUCAGGGCUGGUUCAGGAGGGGCACAUUAUCAUAUGUAUCUCUGAUUGGAGUAAUGAUCGCUCAUCUUGGUAGAAAAAAGGAAAAAAAAAA